AUGGCAGCCACAGUAGUCCCUAGUGUAAUGGUUAAUAUUAAAGCUCUUGACCAAGAUAACUACGACUACUGGUUCUUUCGAGUGAAAACAUACUUGAUGGCUGAAGGUUUGUGGGAUGUUGUCGAUGGAACAAAUAUACCUCCAACAGUAGAAGACCCUAAAUUCAUGGCUUGGCAGAAAAAUAAUGCCAGGGCCUUGCAAGCUAUCAUCAUAUUUUGCGGGGAGGAUGCUGAGUUGUUUAUUAAAUACAUCACGACGGCAAAAGAUGCCUGGGAUAUUUUGGUAAAACAGUUCAAGCCUUCUGAAAUUUUAGAAACUCCAGAAGAAAUAUCUGAAGUUGACUCGAAUGACAGCUCCAGCUCAAUUGAUGGUGAUGAAGACUCGGAAGUACAAGUUGCUGGAGCACAUGCACAUUUCUUUGAGGAGGUCCACGCCCGGAAUUGGGAAGCUGUAAAGGAGCUUAUUCGCGGAAAUCGACGGGCAAUAAGAGCAAAAUCUCAAAACACCGACAAGACAGCUCUUCACUUUGCGGUCCAGUUCGGGGACGUAAACGGUGUAAAAGCGUUGCUACCGUUUAUGGAAAACAAAGACUUAGAAAUGCUAGACCGUGAUGGACAUACUCCUCUUUCUAUGGCUAUACUAGAAAAGGAUACAGAUGUGAUGACCAAAAUUGCUACGUGCAUGGUUGAGAAGAACAAGGAACUACUCCUUCGUAUUGUCGAUCCUUCCACCGAUACUAUUCCACUCUUGAUGGCUCUGAGGCUGGACAGACCAAAAAUGGCUGCUUAUCUCUAUAGUACUACUCCACUUGAAAAGCUUAAGAAAAGGGACCAAGCUGAGCUAAUUUCCACAAGUUUGAGAGUAAAAUAUAUAGAUACUUCGUUGGACUUAAUACGGCGUUUUCCAAGCUUGGCUAUUGCUCAAGACCACUCUGGUGAAUCCCCUUUAAAUGCAUUGGCUAAUACGGCUGGAUUAUUCAAAAAUGCUAGCCAGCUCGGAAUAUGGGAACGAUGGAUUUAUAAUUGUUAG